AUGGUUUUGUUAGUAUUAACUGACCGUAUCCGAACUGCCAUAUACCAAGCUGUACAAUCUCCAGAAUUUGACGAAUCCGCAAAGAAAAGGCUCAAGUCUUAUCUUAAAGCCUCCUCUUGUGUUCCUCUUGACUUAAUCAAGGAGGUCUCAAAAUUUUUGCUUGGCCGCGAUGGUAAACUCGGUAAAGAAAUUGGCCUUUCAAAUUAUUGGCUUCAUGACAUGCUCACCGGCAGCGGGGUUUACGUUGAACCUCGCAAAGAGAAGGUUAAGAGUCCAGAAUUGCUUGCUCGUUUAGAAUCGAUCCUUGCUGAACAAGCCAAUAAGGAAUAUGCACGUAUGAUUGGAAGAGUCGCCUCCUCUUAUGAUGUAGAGACUUUUAAAUUACUUGAUACCGAGGAAUUCCAAAGCGUUCGCGGUCAAUUAACUGCUAUAAUCAACAUCACAUUCACUGUUGUGGCAGUUUUUGCAGCUGUUUAUCACGUUGCCCAAACCAUUACUGGUGAUACGGGUUUGCGUGUGUUGCUCGCUUUUACCGGAAGUGUCAUUGUUGGUGUUGCUGAAACAGUUUUAUAUAUGCGUUAUCUCACCGGAUACGACAAAAUUGAACCAAAAGAGCGUAAACCACGUAGAAGGUCUUCGGCUUCCUCUGGUUAUCACAAUAAAGCUGCUACUACUACCUAUACCUCCACUCCAAGGAAGUCAAGAACGCUAUGA